AUGGGGAACUACAUAGAUAAUCUCCUCGCCUUCGCACAUGAGAGGAAACUACCUGCGCACGUCGGUUUGCGGAUCCCGCCGCCACGGCCCUCCCAGGAAGACUACAGCGGCAUGGAGUCCGAGAGCUCCUCCUCUGCGGGUCAAGGAGGCCAAUACCUGAUCAUCGGGCAGGAAUCCUUCUUCUUCUUGGCGGGCUCGUACAGUCUGUACCAACAGGCCCACUCCUCCGUCGGCCGCCUACCCGCCAAUGGGGAUUCCUCCGCGGCCACUUGCGAGGCCACCGGCCCCGUAUUCGCCGAUGAGGCGCUUGUUCGGUCAGUACAACAUUGA